GAGAGAGAGAGAGAGCUGGGAGCUGUCAGCUGGACAAGUCCCGUUUCAUUCGAUCGCCGCUCACUGGGGUUGCGGGGCUGAGAAAGGCUCAGACUUUUUUUUCUUUGUUAUUGUUGUGGGGUUUUUUUUGGAGGGGGGGAAGGGGGCGUGUGUAUGCUUUGAGAUGAUUUGUUCUUUUGCUCACACGUGAAUGUAGGAUCAGCACAGGUGGAAAGUGGCGUGAGAAGGAGAGAGAGGCUGUUUGGAAGUCCGUGCUAUCGCUUAAAUUCCUGGCGGCGUGGAGAGGCGCUUCAGUCCGCAGUUGCAGACCAGGCUGGUGCACACACACACACACACACAGACAGACACAGACACCCAGCCCACAGACAGAGAGGCUGCACUGGGAGCCAGGCUACAGCGACUGCUCUCACUCUCUCCCAGCUCUUUUGAUUUCUUCCUGGUCCAGGGAUCCACUCCGCCAGCACCAUUUCUUCCAAAGGCAGGCAGGACGACCGUCCAGCUCUUACCCGGGGGGUCCGUAAGAAGCGGCUGGUGGCCGCCGCGGUGGCGGUGCUGAUGGUGCUGCUGUUGGUCAUCCUGAUCCCGGUGCUGGUCAACUCGGCCGGGACCUCGGCCCGCUACGAGAUGCUGGGCACCUGCCGGAUGGUGUGUGACCCUUACGGCUCCAAAGCCACCACGGCGGCGGCGGAGACGGUGAGGGACCACAGCCUGAUGCCUUUACCCACUUUCAUCCAGGGACCCAAAGGGGAUCCCGGGCGCUCGGGGAAGGCCGGGCCCCGGGGACCCCCCGGGGAACCCGGGCCGCCUGGUUCGGUGGGGCCGCCGGGAGGGAAAGGGGAAGCGGGGAGACCGGGGUUGCCGGGUUUACCGGGACCUCCCGGGCCCAAUGCGGGAGCGAUCAGCGCCGCUACCUACAGCACGGUGCCCAAGAUCGCCUUCUACGCCGGCCUGAAGAGGCCCCACGAGGGCUACGAGAUGCUCAAGUUCGACGACGUGGUCACCAACCUGGGCAACCACUACGACCCGGGCACCGGCAAGUUCACCUGCUCCAUCCCCGGCAUCUACUUCUUCACUUACCACGUCCUGAUGAGAGGGGGAGACGGCACCAGCAUGUGGGCGGAUCUGUGUAAGAACGGCCAGGUUCGAGCUAGUGCCAUUGCCCAGGACGCUGACCAAAACUAUGACUAUGCCAGUAACAGCGUGGUGCUGCACCUGGAUGCAGGGGAUGAAGUCUACAUUAAACUGGAUGGUGGCAAGGCGCACGGUGGCAACAACAACAAGUAUAGCACCUUCUCGGGAUUUAUAGUCUACGCAGACUGAGGGAAGAAGCGAGCAACAGAA